UCUAUCAAAGGAUAGAUGCGCAGUCGAUGUGCCGAGUGACGUCGAUCGCCACAUUCCCUCGAGCGAGAACGCGAUUCUUCAGAAAAUGGAACCCGAAAAGAUCGUUUCCGUUAAAGUUUCCGCGGAACGACCGAUCACCCGUUGGCGACGGGACCAGCAGGAGGAUGGGCCUAGCACCUCGAACAAGAUCGACAGACCGCCCACCGGCAUCGUGAGACCUCAGAGCAAGUACGACCGGCCGCGAUCUCGACGAGGACACAAGGACGAGUCGCCAGAAUACGUCGGUUCGUCUGUCAAUUUUCGCUCGGCGACGCCCGGACGUUUCGCCCUGGCGAGGCCACCGUCGGCUUCCUUUCUGUCUAAUCGCGUUCCUACCGCGGGCCCACGUCUUGUCCGAAUGGAUUCCGGACUGGCACGCUCCAGCACGGGAAUGUCCGCGACAAAGCAGUUCAACGUUAACGUACUGGAUCGGCCGAUAACGCAGCAUGGGAUCGCGGGUGUGCGACCGGGAACCACGAGAGGUUUACCGAUGACUAGGCAGAUUCAGGAUAAGAGAUACUACGAAGGAUUACUACAACUGAAGAUAAGGGAGCUGACGCAGGAGAUCGGGACCAUAAUGAAGGAUAUCGACAUGCAAAAUAAAGAGAAGGCCACUUUUUUGCACUACGACAAGAGAGCCAAGAGUUUGGCCGCCGAGUUGACGACUUUACAGGCAGAGUUAGCGGACUAUAAUCUUGUCGUGGACAAGAUGACCUUGGACGUCGACAAGGAAACGAUAGAACAGGAAGCUAAGGAGCUAGAAAUGAUGAACGAACGCAGGACGGCGGAGGUCGAGCGGCUGUUUGAACAACGUAAGCAAAUGGAGCAGAGGUUGCACAAGAUGGAAAAGGAUAUCGAGAAUGAAAAGAAGCGAACCGAACACCUAAUCGAGAACAUGGACCCGCACACGAAGGAGAAGUACGACGACUUGUCCAGACAGAAAACGGAGCUGCAGGAGCAAGUACAGCAGAUGCAGCGUGAGCUGGAUCAGCUGUCGAAGGAGCAGGCUCAUUUGGAAGAGCAGAUUGCACUGUCGCAAGUGAAGCAGGAAGCUGUGAAGCUUCAGGUCAGGGUCAUCGAGGCAGAGGAGAAGCGUGACCGGCUGCGAGAAGAGGAACGCAAGCGAUUGUCACCGGAGGACGAGAAAGAACAACUACUGCAGAGGAUAAAGCGUGACAACACGGAUAUCGCCGCGACGGAGGCACAGAUAGCAGAGAAGGAGAGGAAAGUGACCGAAUUGGAGCUGGAGUUGGAACAGUUGGAGACAGACAUGGAAGAUAAUCAGUCGGAGAAGCAAGUGAAGUAUAAGGAGCUGCGUAAACGAGAGGAAACGAUGGAGCUAUUUAUGUCAACGUACGAGCAGAACAAGCAGGAGGAGACCGAGAAGCUAGAGACACUCGAGCGAGACAUUGUCGACAAGCUGGCAGCGGUAGCAAACGGAGUGGCUAACAAUGAGUACUUGACGGAGGCCGAGGAAAUGGCCGUGUUGCGCGACAAAUUUUCCUACAACGAUUACGAAGUCACUCAUCGCGAGGACGACUUUGACAGUCUGAAAAAGGACUACGCGAUCAUGCAACAGACAUUCAAUAAGAUGAGGAUCCUGGAGGAGAAACUGCAACUUGAGUCCAAGCAGUUAAAGGAGAAGCUGAAGAAACAACAAAGCGAACUAAUUGUUCUGGAAGACCUGGAUGGUCUGAAGACACGAAACGAGCUUAAACGAGACGAGUUGAUUGCUGAACGCGAAGGACUGGUGUCUGAGGAAACGAUACGCGAAGAUCAGCUGAAGUCUCUGCGAACGGAAUACGACGAAGUCAAAGAGAGGCUAGAGAAAUACGCGGUUUAUCCGGAAAUCAGUAACUUGGAGGAUAAGCUAGCGAAAUUGAAAAUGGACAAGGAGGAAAUCGAGGAAUUCAUAGCUAAAGAGAAGGAGCGCGUUAAUUACGAGCCGCUUAAAAAGAAAGCCUUCAAAUUAAUCGACGAUUACGGUCUGGUGCUUCAGGAAAAUCUGAAGUCUCUUUAUUGAGUUAUAAAUUGUCAAUACCUUUUUCAAAUCUAACAAUAUUUAUUUGAAAACAGUAAUAAUGCGAACAUGAGAUAACGACGACAAUAUUCUUAGCUAUAUCUACGAUUGAAUUGUUUUUAUCUCAUGCGUAUUGUCACUGUUUUGUAAUUGUUCACGAUAUUUGCAUAUUCACUGAAUGUUAACAUUUAUCUUAUUAAUUUCCGACUCGAAUUCGGCUGGGAGUGGUAUUUUAUUCAACUGGCAAAAUUCAGUAAAACCAAUUUUGAAAGAUUUGCCGGGAUUGAUAUUUUUUGCACGUAUCAAUUCCAAAAGCGUGAAAAUGCUUUUUUGAUCGCCUAUUUUACCUGCGAACACAAACAUCAAUGGUGUCAAUAUCAAUAUCUCAUGCAUUUACUGAGAAAGAAGUGUUUGAUAUUUGUCACUAUAUAGCAAAAAAAUGAUACUAUAUAAGUAAAUAAAAAUAAAUAAUUAAGAUAAUAAAUAAGAAUUAUAAUAGUGAUAAGAAUUAAAAUAUGCAUUUUUGUCACUACAUAGUAAAAGAAUUAUAAUCUGAAGAAUUACUUUUCGUAACAACUGUUAUUAUGAUAUUAGUGAUAAUAAUCUUACAUUUACUAUAAUUACUUUUCUUGUUAAAACAAGAUGAUUUAGUUGGCGCCGGAAAUAAUAAUAUUUAACAAGAUUAACCAUUUUUUCUCUUAGUGUACACAGUUUGAUUUACGAGGAGAAAAUAUACUUACUGUAAAAGCUAAGGAGCAUGUCGCAUAAGAAAACUUGAUCCACAUUGCUCGUAUCCUGACUCGCCUCGAGAAUUCUCAACAAGCACUUUGUGUCGUCUAAUUUCUGCAUGUAAGUGAAUUGGCGAAUAAUAACUGACAUAGAAAUCUUUUGCUCCUAUAACAGAAAAAAAUCGCGAUAAAAAGAAAAAUUCUAUAUUAAAAAGAUUCUAUUUUAUAUAAAAAGUUCUAUUGAUGAGGAAAAACAACAUAAAUAUCUAAUCUAUUUCAUAUUUUCUGAUAAGAGGGAGAAAAGAGAGAGAGGGGGGAGAGAGAGAGAGCAAAAGAGAGAGAGAUUCUCAUUUAAUUCUCUUUACUAAUAUGUCACAUUUACUGUCAAUGUCUGUGUGUAAAUAUGUCAUAUUUACUAAAGUGUUUACUUAUGCAUAGAUGUAACGUUCAUCUUUCUGUUUUUCUGACAUUAUUGUGCAUUAAAGAGCUCUCUCUCUCUUUCUCUCUCUCUCAUACAGCCUGUCAAUAAAGAUUAUUAUUAUUACUAUAUACUUCAUACUAUAAAGUGUAAUUAAAGAGACGUAAUAAAUAGGGUCAUUUAAAUUACCUGCAA